AUGCUUCCCAAAUCCCAACCCAGAGACCAUGGUGAAGAUGCAGAAGAAGGCGGUCAGACGGCUGGCCUCUCUGUGGCUUCCGUGGCGCUGCUGGAGUUUCUCCUCAAUCCUAGCUCACAGCUGAUGUGCUGGCGGCAGCCUAGAAUCAGCCGCAAGCAAAUUGGCCCUGCUCUUGUGGAUCCUUUCUUCAAGCAGGAAGACAGAAAAUCAGCUCUGAAUAGCCAACUGGUGAAUCUGAUGGUGAUGUGUCCCAAGAAGAGAACACUGGAUAAGAAGGUGGCAGAGAUGGAGGUGAAAGGUGUGGAUAUGGAGUCGGGUCGCAACCCGUGCGGUCCACGUCUCUCCCUUUCCGGGGCCCCGCCGGUUCCCCGCGCCCUUGCGGGUCGCAGCCCGCGCGGUUCACGUCUCUCCCUUUCCGCGGCCCCGCCGGCUCCCCGCGCCCUGGUCGGGUCUCAGCCCGCGCGGUUCACGUCUCUCCCUUUCCGCGGCCCCGCCGGCUCCCCGCGCCCUGGUCGGGUCGCAGCCCGCGCGGUUCACGUCUCUCCCUUUCCGCGGCCCCGCCGGCUCCCCGCGCCCUGGUCGGGUCGCAGCCCGCGCGGUUCACGUCUCUCCCUUUCCGCGGCCCCGCCGGCUCCCCGCGCCCUUGCGGUUCGCAGCCCGCGCGGUCCACGUCUCUCCCUUUCCGCGGCCCCGCCGGCUCCCCGCGCCCUGGUCGGGUCGCAGCCCGCGCGGUCCACGUCUCUCCCUUUCCGCAGCCCCGCGAGUCCUGUGCGCUGUCGGCCGCCCACGGUGUCCCGCGCCGUCUGUGGCCCUCGCGGGGUGAGGACCUCGGCGGGCACUGCCCUUUCCGCCCGGCCAAGCGGUGCGCCCAGGAGGGGACGCCUGGUGCCCGGUCCAGGCGUCCUGCGCGGGUUCCCUUCCGUGCCCACCGGCCUCUUCGGGGUCCAUGUCGGGGAAAGCGCGCACCGAGAUUCUCCCUUGGUUUAUCCGAAGCGUUGGCUGCGGCGUGUAGUCCGCCCUCUUCCGCCGCCGACCCUCGGCGUCUCCUGA